UGGUCUAAUAAAACAACAGAAAACAGAAACAAAUCAGUCAACUAACAACCACUGACAGAAGUGUAACAAACAAUAAUAAAAUCAUAACACUUUUAUUGCAUUCCAGUGUACUCAAUAAUUCAUAAAAAAAUGUGUCGCGUAUAUUUGUGUAUUUUACUCGUAACUUUUGCUUCAAGUUUAGACGGAAAGUCGAAAAAACACGCCUCACCACCACAUUGCACUCAAGUCACUAAAGACACAGAUUAUGCAAACCGAUUUAAGUUGACGUAUCCCGUGGUUUACAUUAUACCCGGACAACGUGAAGCAUAUCAACAAAUGUUCUGUAUCAAUCCAUCAGAGGUGAAUAAAGCGGUGACCACAGUAUGCGACUGGGCAGCACCCCCACAGGUACAGUUCACAUUGGGCGACGAGUAUAUGCACGUAGUACGCGUUGACCCAACGGGACGUUACCAGGGCAACGCUGUCAUCACCACCUACCAGCUCUGCAGCCACAAUAUACCACAUGAUAUGGCCAACGUCACCAUGGCACCUCGUGUGGUUGAAAUUGAAUAUUAAAGUUAUAUACCAGGCUCAACACUGGUACAUUUAUAAGUGAUAACAUUCAUAGCCUUAAUACGCUAAUAUAUAUUUUUUUUGUUCAGUAAAGGAAUUAAAAAUUCA